GGAUCAUGAGUAGUUGCCACAUUUUGAAUGGUUGUCACAUUUUGAGACGUUGAUCUGGGCAUGCAAAUAGUCUAUUAUAGCCUUAGGUUAACCCGAAUCUCUUCACCUAUAUAUAAAUCACCCUUUUGAUGAAAGGUCCAAAGGAAGCUUUUGAAAGUGUUGUGAGCGCCUAAAGAGCUGUUGAAGAUCGGAGAGAGGCAGAAGUUCAUCUUCGGGGUACUUCAAGCCCUAGAUGAAGAGGUUAAUCUCUACCAAAAGGUUUAUUUGGUUGAGUGCAACAUUGACAUGUUUACAACAGUAUUGUAUAGAUGCAUGAGGGAGAAGCAAGGUCGUUGUUCAUGGCAUAUCAUUUGGAGGUAAUAACAAUAUCCGUUGAAAUUCUAAAGUUGAGUCCACAUGGCUUGCGAGGAAGUUCCCACAGACGCUUUGUUUUCUGCAAGAUACAAGGAACCUGUUUAUGUGAUGUGGACUAUGGAUCUGUUGUUGGGGUUGAAGAUUGGGAGUAUAACAAGAUUAUCAUUUGCAACAGGUGUGACCACAAUUCCAGAGUCACUAUGCUUACUCUUCAUACUUUGCUCAAAGAAAUUUGAACGUGUUUAUGCAAAGUGGAGUACGAAACAAUGUGGUGUCCAUGAGGUCUACCUGUAGAUGGGUUGAGGAUUGGGACAACAACAAAAUUAUUAUUUGCAUCAGGUGUUGUUAGCACUAUACCUGAAACAUUAUGCUUAGUAUAUAAGCAUAAAGUAGGCUGUGAUGAAGAUUAUAGUUUGUUUUUUGUGUCAUAACCCUUCAUGAUGUUGUUGUCGUUGUCGCUGCAGUAGUAUGCAGAUGUUCACAAAAAUUGGAUGUUUCUACGAGAUAGAGACAAGAUCGUUGUUCAUUGCAUUUCAUUGAGGGGGCCAGUUUCCAUCAGUUUGUACGUUUUCGCAUUCAGUGUAAUUUGCGCUAAACGUUGAUUGGAUUAUUAGCUAUUUAACUAGAGUAUUGUGGUGCAAACUUGAUGAAA